UUCAGGUUAAGACGUCGACCAUACAUAUAAAACUCUUUGCGACGCUAAUAGUCAAGUCCAAAACCACACAAAUACGAUUACCCGUUGAGAAGGCACGCCCAUGCCCGCUCACCCAAGAAUGCGGUCAGCUGUAUCAGUAUUCGUUGCAUGAUAUUCAGUGCUUGCCAAAACAGAAUCCUAAUUGUAACCAGUAUGCCUUCAAACUUCGCCGCUCAACGCUGCCGCCCGAAAAGCCGGAUCGACGCGCAUUGGCAGCCGAGAGGCUUAGCACCUGAAGGUGGAAUUCCGGUAUCCUUCAAUGGAUAAUUCCUCGUGAUACGUCCUCAAUAUCGGGUACAAAGUCUUGGAAGAAGGACAUGGUGUAACAAGUCGAUAUGUGACAUCGGCAAUGGUCAUAUUCAGUUUGCAUAGUGAGCUAUGGUCUCACCCAAUGGGACGCCUUCACAACCCUCGCAGCGACGCAUCAAGUGCCCGCCUUUCCGGUCUUCUACGCAUAGGCGGACUCAAAUUGCUUUCCGGGAGUGACAAAGUCCCUACAAAGCCUUUUCAUGAUCACAGACUCAUAUCUCAUAAUUGGCGGCAACGGUUUGCUGGGCCAGCACAUCGUAGAGCAACUCCUGGACAGAGGCGAAGAGCGAGUGGCCAUUCUCGAUAUCGUGCAGCUGUCUCCGGCGAACCCAAAGGUUCCUGUCUACACUGGGGACAUUACCAACGUGAGCGACAUUCAAAGCGCGAUAGAGAAGUGCCGUGCUACUUGUGUCAUUCACACUGCAGCGUCGCUGCCGGGAAAGCCACGGCAAUUUCAAGAGCAAGUCAAUGUUUCUGGGACAAGGAACGUUGUGAACGCCUGUGCAAGUCGAGGUGUGAAGAAGAUGGUGUACACCAGUACGGCCAGCGUCGUCUUCUCCGGCAAGGACCAGCACAACGUCAAUGAAACUGCUCCGUACGGCAACCCGCACGUGGACGACUACAACGAAACGAAGGCCGACGCCGAGAAGUUCGUUAUCGAGUCGAACGGAAAGAAUGGGCUCUACACGACAUCACUCCGUCCUGCUGGUAUGUUUGGACCGAAGGAUCGGCUUACAGUUCCGACGAUGAUGGGCGUCGCCCAGUCUGGCCGCUCAUACAUCCAGCUUGGGAACAACCAAAAUCUAUUUGACUGGACUUACAUCGGAAACGCAGCGAAAGCACACCUCCUUGCUGCAGAUCGCCUUAGCCUGGAUCACCCCAAGUUUCGGUUGGUGGCUGGUCAGGCGUUCUUCAUAACGAACGGCGAUCCGAGGCCUUGGUGGGAGUUCCCUCGCCUCCUGUGGAAGACUGGCGGUUAUUCGAUACCCGAAAAGACGACUGUCAUUCCCCGAUAUGCUGCUUAUAUCAUCGCCAUGUUCACGGAGCUUGUCGGCUGGUUAUCUGAGAAGAGACCGUCAUUGACCAGGAUGUCGGUGUUAUACUGCUGCACGUCGAGGUGGUGCGACAUCUCAAAGGCACGCCACGCUCUUGACUACAACCCGGACAUAAGCUUAGAAGAGGGUGCCAGGAUUUCUGUUGAUUGGUGGAAGAAAGCGCAACAAACAUAGCACAUGGAUGUUACUGACAGGCGGGCUCUAUACAGGAUGUCGGGUUUGAACCGUAUGUCACUACGCUGGCCAUUCUCAGGAUUUGCCUCGAAUUACCAGAUGCCAUUAAGAUGUCCUAUGUAAUGGUUUAGAAUGCCGUGCAAUUACCUCGAAUGGUCAUAAGCUGUCUUUAGUACGAG